AUGUCGGCCACGGAUUCAUCUGCAAGUGCUAUACCGCCAUCCACCGAAUCGGUCACCACUUCUCCGCCCGCCCCGAAGGUCCACGACAAAUGGGGCGACACCUCUUGCGACACCAUACUCUGUAGCAGCGAUGGCGUUCAGUUCUAUGUCCAAUCCUAUAUGCUGAUGACGCACAGCGUGGCUCUGCGAGACAUGCUUCAGACGGUUCCCAAACCCGUGCCCGACGACGGUGCCCCUCCCCAGCGCAAAAUUCCCUUCUCCGAUCCCGAGAUCGAGGACUCGUCUGCUAUCGCUUUAUUUUUGUCUGCUACGGAGCUGGAACCCCUGCUACCUAGGGUCUCAUCGUUCUCCCACAGCUUGAUCCCUACACUCGAAUGGACCUUGCGCUUUGCCCGCAAGUGGGACUGCCCCAUUGCCCUCCGAGUCAUCGAGGACUGGCUUUGUGCUCUGGCUUGUACCACCAACACCAUCAUAUCUCUAAAAUUCUAUAAUCCCCUCGACCUCUUUGUUCUGUCGAGUCUGAACCAAAUGCCGAUACCCGCGAGUAUGGUGAUCCAGCACUUCAAACCCCACAACUCCCAGCACCCCAGUUCACCACAGGACUGCGCUCAAUAUAGCAUUGUCAAACGAUUGAGACGCUGGGGCCGCUUGGGAUGUGCUGAUUGGCUAAGUCCCAGGAAUUUCGAGCGUCGCGCUUGGGAGAGCAUUCCAGGGGAUUUCCUAUGGGCGCUGCACCACUGUCGUAGGGGAACCGCUGAGGGAAUGCAUCGAGCAAAGGAGUUUCUGAGGCUUAUUGGGGACGAAAGAUGGAGCUACAAGGUAGCGGGUACCAUCGGAGACGUCAGGCCGUCGCUUCCAUCCACACCCGAUCCGGAUAGAGCUCCAUCCAUACAUACACAAUGGAACGACAUUCAUUGUGAUACUGUGUUGAUCAGUAGCGAUAACGUCAAGUUCUUCAUAGAUUCGUACGCUUUCUGCGGUCAAAGCUCUCGAAUCAAUGCCUUGUACAAAGAAGCUAUGGCCUCUUCGCAUUCACCGCAAUCCCCUACAGAGAUAGCCCUCAUUGGCCCCCACGGCGAAAGCAGCGGUGCCAUCGCCGUUCUCCUCUCCGCCUUGAACCUCAAACCCAUCACCGACGUCCUCAAAGCCCACAAAGCCACAUUCAUCUCUGCCUUCAGCGGUGCUCUGCGUUUCGCGCGCCAGUACGAGUGCAGGAUGAUCCUUCGUGUCAUGGAGGACUGGCUUUGCUCUAUGGCUCUCAAUUCGGAUGAGGGGCGCCAGUUUUUCCAGCCUCUGGAUUGCUUUGUCCUCGCAGCGCAGAACGACAUGACCCUUGCGGCUAGCAUGUUGCUUGAGCACUACCGACCCCACCCACACCCCACAGACGACAAAGCAUCAGCAUCAGCAGCGGCCGUCAAUUGUAGGCCGGCUGUCGUGAGCACCGACGAGAAUAAUACCCAAACACCUCGGUGGGGACGUUUGGCAUGCCAGUGCAAGCUGAACAUAGACCACCUCCAAAAGGGAGCUUGGGAGGAGAUACCGGGCAAAUACCUGUGGGCGCUCAUGAAAACGGAGGAUGUAGAGCAAGGUCAGGCAAGGAGUAAGGCGUUUUCAGAUCUUUUGGGGGGUGGAAAGUGGCAUUUCGAUACCUCAUUCAACGCCAUUGUGCAGUUCAGCCCAUACGCCUCGGUACGUACAUACUCGACAUGA